AGGGACCCCGCGCAAGCGGGGCGUAACUUGUCACGUGACAAGGAAGUACCGUUAAUAGCAUGGUCCCAGGAUUCCCGGCGCUCCGGGAUGACGUAGGCCAGGGAGGGGAGGAGCGGGAGAGGAUAGUGAAGCUCAGGUGUGGCUCUGAGUGCGCGGUUUUAUUCAGGAAUCCUGUGCCUGUCACUCAACGUAGUUUCAUCUUUCUGGAUAAAUGACUUUCGUGCCAGUGAUACCAGAGUCCUACAGCCAUGUUCUUGCAGAAUUUGAGUCUCUGGAUCCAUUGCUUUCAGCCCUGAGGCUGGAUUCCGCUCGCCUAAAGUGCACAAGCAUAGCUGUGUCUCGAAAAUGGUUGGCUUUGGGCAGUUCAGGAGGAGGACUCAAUCUCAUUCAAAAAGAAGGCUGGAAGCACAGGCUUUUUCUUUCACACAAGGAAGGUGCAAUUUCUCAGGUUGCCUGUUGUUUGCAUGAUGAUGAUUAUGUUGCUGUAGCUACCAGUCAAGGUUUUGUGGUUGUUUGGGAAUUAAAUCAAGAGCGUCGUGGGAAGCCAGAACGAAUUUAUGUGUCUUCAGAUCACAAAGGCCGAAAAGUUACAGCUCUCUGUUGGGAUACAGCUAUUCUUAGAGUUUUUGUAGGUGAUCACAUGGGGAAAGUUUCUGCCAUCAAACUCAACACUUCUAAACAAGCAAAGGCAUCUGCUGCCUUUGUGAUGUUUCCUGUUCAGACAAUAACAACAGUUGACUCCUGUGUUGUCCAGUUAGAUUAUUUGGAUGGAAGACUACUUAUAUCUUCACUUACCCGAUCCUUCUUGUGUGACACUGAGAGAGAAAAAUUUUGGAAAAUUGGAAACAAAGAAAGAGAUGGAGAAUAUGGAGCUUGUUUCUUCCCUGGAAGAUGUUCUGCAGGCCAGCAGCCCCUAAUAUACUGUGCUCGCCCUGGCUCCAGGAUGUGGGAAGUGAACUUUGAUGGAGAAGUUAUAAGUACCCAUCAGUUUAAGAAACUCCUUUCGUCACCACCACUCCCUGUGAUUACUCAAAGAUCAGAACCUCAGUAUGAUCAUACAGUUGGAUCCUCCCAGUCUUUGUCUUUCUCCAAACUUUUGCAUCUUAGUGAACAUUGUGUGCUGACUUGGACAGAGAGAGGAAUUUAUGUUUUCCUUCCUCAGAAUGUUCAGGUUCUUCUUUGGAGUGAAGUGAAAGAUAUUCAGGAUGUGGCUGUCUGCAAGAAUGAGCUGUUCUGUUUGCACCUAAACGGGAAGGUUUCCCAUCUUUCCCUAUUAUCUGUGGAACGCUGUGUGGAACGCCUGCUGAGGAGAGGCCUGUGGAACCUGGCUGCUCGAACUUGCUGUCUUUUCCAAAAUUCUAUCAUUGCCAGCAGGGGAAGAAAAAGUUUGACUAUAGAUAAACUGGAACAUUUGAAAUCUCAGCUGGACUCAGCAACCUAUGGUGAUCUGAUUUCUCAACUGGAAGAUCUGAUCUUAAAAUUUGAACCUUUGGAUUCAGCUUGUAGCAGUAGAAGAAGCUCCAUUUCAUCACAUGAAAGUUUCAGCAUCUUGGACUCUGGUAUUUAUCGUAUCAUUAGCAGUAGAAGAGGCAGUCAGUCUGAUGAAGACUCCUGUUCCCUUCACAGCCAAACCCUCUCAGAAGAUGAGAGACAAGAAUUUACCGCACAUCAAGAAGAGGACCAACCAGAUCAGUGUUUCGGCUCACAUGCAAAUGAAGACAGUGUUUCUCAUGGUCCAGUGACGUCUGAGACAGAAAAGAAUGAAACUUUUCUCCCCUUCGGCAUUCCAUUAUCAUUUCGUUCUCCAUCUCCUCUUGUGUCUCUUCAGGCUGUCAAGGAAAGUGUUUCUAGCUUUGUGCGUAAAACUACUGAAAAGAUUGGCACCCUUCAUACAAGCCCUGAUCUGAAAGUGAGACCAGAAGCCAGGGGUGAUGAGCAGUCAUGUGAAGAGGACGUGAGUUCAGUCAGUUGCCCAGAGGAGGAAGUCACUGAGGGAAAAGAAGAAGUAGUCAGUCAGCCUCCAGAGGAAGACAAAUUCCAAGAGCUCAAAAUAGCAACAGCAGAAGCAAUGACAAAGCUACAGGACCCACUGGUUUUGUUUGAACCAAAGUCCCUGAGAAUGGUUUUACAGGAGUGGCUUUCACAGUUAGAAAAAACAUUUGCCAUGAAGAACUUUUCAGGUGUUUCCGAUACUGACAACUCCUCUGUGAACUCAAACCAAGAUAUGCUGUUGCUUGAUGAGUCAAAAAAGGGAAUAUUAGAUGAAGAAUAUGAAGAAGAACAAAGGGACUCCUUAGGCCACGAAGAAAGUGUUGAUCAAACAGCAUGUGAAUCUGCAAAUAGUCUGAGGGAGCCCUUGGUUGAUGACCUUUUUCAAGUAUGUUCUCCAUGCCUUAUAGCAGAUGGUCUUCAGAAGGAGCUGGCUGAAUUGAUAACGUUGUGUUUGGAAUUGAGUGUAUUAAAUUCUGAGAUCAAAAGUGCAAGUGAGCAUGUGGACCACACUUUACAACAGAGCUCUUCUGAAAUUCUGGCUUGUCAGUUCCUAAAGAAGUACUUUUUUCUCCUGGAUUUGAAAAGAGCAAAGGAGAGCAUCAAGCUGAGUUAUGCUAACAGUCCUUGUGUUUGGGAUACUUUUAUUGAAGGAUUGAAAGAAACGGCAAGUUCUGAUCCUACAUAUAUAAAGAUGGAAGAAGGAGACCUCCCAACAAGAUUAAAGUUAUUGGAAGACUCAGUCCCUUUUGACAGUCCUUUGCUGAUUGCUUAUGCUACUCGAUUGUAUGAGAAAUUUGGAGAAUCUGCCCUUCGAUCCUUCAUCAGAUUUUACCCAUCCAUUUUGCCUUCGGAUGUCAUGCAACUUUGUCAUCAUCAUCCUGCUCAGUUUUUGGCCUAUUUAGACAGUCUGGUGAAAUCAAGGCCUGAAGAUCAACGGCCAUCCUUCCUUGAGUCCCUUCUGCAACCAGAGUCUUUGAGAUUGGAUUGGCUGCUGUUGGCCGUGUCCCACCAUGCUCCCCCCAGCACCAGCACUAUGGACGAUGAAGGAGACCCCAGGCCUCAUUCUCACUUGUUUUCCUGGGGUUACAGUCAAUUAAUCCUCCUUCUAAUUAAACUUCCUGCAGAUUACAACAAAGAGAAAAUGACUGACAUUUGUAAGUCUCAUGGUUUCUGGCCUGGAUAUCUUAUUCUCUGUUUGGAGCUGGGGAGAAGAAGAGAGGCCUUCACCAACAUUGUAUAUCUGAAUGAUAUGAGCCUGAUGGAAGGGGACAGUGGUAUGUUGGAUCCGGAGACUGUGGAGGAAUGGAAGCUUCUCCUGCACCUGGUACAGAAUAAGAGCACCAAGCCAGCCCCACAGAAGCCACCCAAUGGGAACUUCAGCGAUGGGCCUUCUCCUAUCAAUGUGGAGAAUGUGGCACUCCUGUUAGCUAAGGCCAUGGGCCCCGAUCGAGCCUGGUCAUUGCUAGAGGAAUGUGGUUUGACCCUCGAGCUAUCAGAGAGGUUUACCAGAACCUGCGAUAUCCUGAGGAUUGCCGAGAAAAGGCAGAGAGCCUUGAUACAAAGCAUGCUUGAAAAAUGUGAUCGGUUUCUCUGGUCUCAGCAGGCAUAGUUGAAGAAGAUUCAGCAGGGUGUCAGGAGACAUUUUCAGGAAAAUGGAAUCAUGCUCCUGAACCUUCUGAAUGCAUUUUUUAUUGAAGAAAAGGCCCCACCUGAGAUCCCUGCCACCUUAUUGGAGCACUUUGUCCAUGUCUUAUAAUGUCUGCAUUUGUGGCUUUAUCGUGACUUCAGUGAUUUUUGACUAAAGUUGAAUUUUGAAAGGAAUUGGUCCUUGUUUGCUGAAAUGAAGUGGUCUGGAAGGAGAAAGAAUGUGAAUGUUCCCAGCUAUCCAGCUGUCCAGUCCUUAUUCUUUUUUUUUUUUUUUUUGGCCAUGCCUGAAGCAUGUGGAAGUUCCUGGGCCAGGGAUUAAACCCAUGCCACAGCAGUGAUGACACUGGAUCCUUAACCCACUGAGCCACCAGGGAACUCCCUCCAGUCCUUAUUCUGAUGACAGUGUUACUUGUUCCUCACUGGUGGACUGGGAGAAUUCUUUUCCUCUUGGGACUGUUGUAUAGGGAGCAGAAAUUUCUCAUCCUGGUCACAUGAAGACACACAAUGUAAUUGACAGAAAUUAAAUUCCUUUUUUGUCUUGUUUGGAACAGUUUGAGAAAUUACCAAAAUAAGACCUGGUAUAAUGGAAUUAACAUGUAAAAUAAGUGAAAUACUGAAGAUUCAAAUUAGAUACUUAAAUGGCCCCCUGUUUAAAUUGAGCUACGUUAAAAUUAUUUUUUCCACCAUUUGACAUUUUCUAAUCUCAACCUGUAUACAUCUUAUUCAUUACUGGAAAUGUUUUAUUCCGGUCUUCACUCAACAGAGUAGCCCAAAGUUAUCAUGCACUUUUAAAAAAUGUUUUUUAAAAGCCAUUAGUAGGAGUUCCCCCUGUGGCACAAUGUGAUUCGUGGCAUCGUUGCAUCACCAGGGAUGCAGGUUCGAUCCCUGGCCUGGCACAGUGGGUUAAAGGAUCCAGUGUUGCCACAGUUGUGGUGUAGGUCACAACUGUAACCUUGGAUCUGGAUCCCUGGCCUAGUAAUGCCAUAGGCUUCGGGGCAGCCAAAAAAGAAAAAAAAAAGCCAUAAUAAAGGAGGGCUGAGUACUGAUAAAGACUUCAGCAAGUGCCUAUAUUAUUUAAGUACUAGAUUGCUAUUUUCAGGCUCCUGUAUAUUUAUAGAGCAUGGUAUAUUAGCAAUAAAUGUAAAGCCUGGAAUAAUAAAUACCUACCUGGAGAUAGGAGAUCAGAUUCCCCAGGUUAAAAGCUCAGUCUCACAAGGCUGCCCCCACUUCAGACUCCCAUCACAGGUCCAGGUGGUUAACUGUAAUACCUGUUUUUAUUGCGCUUGAUUUAUUGUAUUUCACAGAUACUCUUAUUUACAAAUUGAAGGUUGUGACAACCCUGCGUUGAGUAAUUCUAUGGGCACAAUUUUCCAACAGCAUUUCCUCACUUGGUGUCUCUGUCACAUUUUCAUAGUUCUUUGAAUUUUUUCAGUAUUAUUAUAUUACGGUGAUCUGCAAUCAGUGAUAUGUGGUUACUAUUGUAAUUGCUCAGUGGCAUCCCUGCACCCAUAUAAGACGGUGAACCAAUAGAUGUUGUGUGUGUUCUGA